AUGUUUCCUCCAGAAAAUUGGCCCGAGACCGAGUUUUAUCCUUGCUUCGAUUCCGUCGACUGGGGAUCACCGGGCGAAGUAGAUGCCGAAGCUGCAUAUUCCUCGACUCUGCUAUGGAGGGGAGGAACUGACCAACAGCCCCAACCCCAACACGUCGAGGAAACAAUCCGCAAUCAAACCACCACGUGGGAGGGCUUGAGCACAGGAGCUCAGUGGAUCGUACUCUCGAUUCUUUGUGAAGACGGCCUGGCCGAGGGUGGAAAUCCAAGAGGCUUCGCAGCUAUAAUCACCACCGUCCUACAGCUCUCGCGCGCCCAGAUACAGACAUUCCUGACCACAUACAUCACCCAGUACGAAGCAUACAAAGAGUGGAAGAAGACGCUAGGCAACAUCAACUGGGACAAACUCAAGCAACUUGCCUCCAAUGCGAACAGAUCUAUCCUCGAUCUACUCCCCUCGGGCCGGCCAGACUUGAGCUUCGACCGCAUCUCCAACCAAGAGAUGGAAAAGGCUGCGAGUUUCCUCCGCUCGCACCGCUUGGACCGCUUUUCAGAGAUGCUCUAUGACUGGGUUGGGCUGAACAUCCGCCAGAACUUUUUAGAACUGCCUAUCGAGGUCGAAAUUUUGCAAGACUGCCUUGAUGCUCAACUUCUCCGAAGGGCACACGCGAGAGGCCUAAUCGAUAUGGAUGCCGUGGAACGCCGGUACCGCGACGUUUGCGACGAUGGAAUGGUCCAAAGUCGAGUGCCCUCCGAGGUCUUCACGUCCAUCAGAGGCCACGACGCACAUGCCGGCGAAGGGGCCGUUCCUACUUCCCAGACCAAAAGAGGGCGUCGACAGACUGCUGCCACCGACAAGAAGGCCGGUCGUGGCCGGCAGCAAACCAAGAACGGCAAUGACAAUAAGCGGAAGAAGAGAGAUGAUUCGGCCAGCAAAGAUGCUGUUUGUGCUUCCAGCCCACCAUCCAACGCGGCGGCACAACGGGCGAGGACCCAACCGCAGAAUUGCAAAGAGGCGACCGAGGUACGUGAAGCUCUUAGGAGACAGUUCUUUUGCCACGCUCAGCCAUUCUUACCGGGCCACUUGGUUUCCACCCUCAUUGAGCAACAGCGGUCACCGACUCGCACGUUCAAAAUGACUAAUUGUCAGUUCGAGCGCCAGCCCCCGAGUAAGGAUGUCAUUACCGUCUCACGUCCGGCGUCUGCGAAUUAUCGUCCAGACAGAGGUCCCGAAUCCCCUGAACAUGCCGUUGAUCCUACGAAAGGUGGCGCCUUGGCGCCUUCUGCACUCGAGACGCAGCUUGACAAUCCGGGCAAUGCAGAUGACUUGAAUCCUAGCUCCGGCAAUGGAGAGCCCCCAGGCUUCCUCGUCGGCUACCAAUCUCUUAAACAAGGGGUUGUUCAGGACCGCCCGCUACGACCUGGGUUUACUACAGAGAACUCGAAAGAACACCAAGGGGAAUUUAAGUACCCGCUACCAUCAAGGCCGAUUCUAGAGAGUAUGAAAGUACAUCGUGGUGGGGAGAGCAGGCCAGAACGACCUUACAUUCCGCUAUCGAUGAAGGGAAACGCAUCCAGCGACGGGGUAGUCCAGCAUUUUAAAGAGCCUUCGUUACCGAAAAGUUUGGACAGAGCUGCCCUGUUUAGGAAAGCAGCAGCCCCCUGCCCCGGCGAUCAGGUCCAGUCCACGGCGGCGAGCCAACUGAGAGAGGCUCUCGACACACGGUACCAGAAUUACCUCGAAUCCCCGGAGGCCCCGGUCCCGCUUCGGAGAGAGCGCAAGCCCAGCCGCCGGGUGAGAGACAACUGUUUGGUCGAUGCUGCAGCCGCGCCCGAUUCGGACGGCGAUGAUGAUUAUCUCCCAGAGAACGAGAAGACCUCGAAACGUAAGAGACCACGCAUGUCGCACGCUUUUGAAGAUCAGGAUAACCAACCAGAAACAACUUGCCUCCGUUCAGAGGGAAACAAACGGAAGGUGAACCGAGCACCAUUUCCUGCAGCUGCUGCUGCUGGAUCUGCUAGUUCAGCACCAUUGGAAGACUCCCAGGCCGUCGAGAACAACAACCAGGCAAGUCCUUCCUGUUUUAUAUCCGGCGUUGGCGUUAUUCCUCUUCCACCUGCUCCGGCUUCGGGCACCAUGCUACAGCAAGCGAGGUCCGGCAGCAGAGUUGGAUUCUCAUCAUCAACUCGGAAGCUCGAACCGAUUUUCGGCCAGUACAGGAACAGGGUUCUGACCACGCAGCGAGGCAGGCUGGAGACGACGAAUUACGCCUGGUCGGCUUGCCACGCCGACUUUGCCGCCACCGCGGUCAAAGCCCAGUUCGCUCUGCAGGCGGACAGAGGCCCCGGUGGUGUUGGAGCUGGCCGGAUGCUGAGCCUGCAGGAUAACAAGAUGAUAAUUAAGAAGCAGCAGCAGUUCACGACGGCUGAGCGUGCCAUGCAGGGCGACGUUGGACAGGACGCCGAGCGGGCCCAAUAUGCCGGGUGUGCUGAUUUUGCGGUUUACGCCCUGGAUGCUGAAGAAGCGGAAUUUGCGCGGAAGUUUGUUUCGUUUGAUCGUGGAGCGGGAGGGGGUGAGGGUAAAGGCGAGGGCGAGGGCGAGGUGACGGAGACGGGGGAGGCCGCACAGUAG